AUGGAGUCAUGGUCUGGCACUCUCACCGGUACUCACCUCUUCUGGAACGGCCAACGUCCAAAACUUGAGGCCAUGGUUAGAGCCCUUGGUGACUCCCUUAUGCGCCACAUGCCUCGCUACGAAGAAUGGAAGGCUGCCAACACUGGUGGCAAGAUCAAGAUUGCACGAGACAACAUCCACGACAAAGCCCAAAUUGCCGCAUACCGCUACGUCAUCGCUUCACUGUCUUCAUGGAAAACGCCAUCACGCCCAAGUCCCGCGUUGUCGACUACUUUGACCGUUACUAAUUGCAAGCUCACUAUUCAAACCUGGCUCAACUCCACCGGCGUGCCCAGCUUCAGAAGUGCAGCAAUACCUACUGCCUUUGUGAGAACAAGAGAACCGGAAUUGUCAGUCGCCGCUCCCACCUUUCUCACGAUCUCAGAGAUCAAGGAUCAACCUGUUGUCAUCAAGAACCCUCAGAGAAGUGCCGCUCAUCUCAUGUUCUACCCUGAGUGUAACGACCCUCUCCUCAACCGUUACAACAGAACCAUAAGCCUUGGACGGCUGGCCAACACUGACAUCACUCCUCGCACCUCCCUUCAAGCUCUGCUCAAUCACCUCUCUGAGUACUGUACCAAGGAUGGACUGAUGAACAAGCUCAUCGCUGAGCGCAGCUACUCUGGUCACGAGAUCGCCCAUAUGCUUUUCUCACCUCGCUUGGUCAACAUCUCACGCACCGUCAUCCCCGUCGACUGCAAAUUUGCCUUACAACAAAACCAAUCCUUCUCCGUCGGGGGUCAAGAGUGUGCAGCCGGCCGAAACGUGAUUCAAGAAUACAUGGAGCGCGACUACGUCUAUCACAAUGUCAGCUACCACCAAGUACUUACACGAUUUGACACAAGAUCCACCCCAUCGCUAGAGCACAGCCCGCGGACAGGGCAUUGCGAUACUUCUCCAUUUAUCCAUCUGAUUCUUGAGGCCAGGACUACGAGAAUUUCUGUUGUAUCAAGCUCAUACUUCAUCGCCCUCUGCUGA